AUGAUCAGGACCUCCAUCGCCUCCAAGCUGGAAAACCUGCCAACCGGUCACUCCGACCGCAUCAUGUCCAUGCACCUCCCUCUGAAGAAUGAAAAGUAUGCCAUGCUCUUCAGUGUGUACGCCCCGACUCUCCAAGCUGAACCUGCAGAAAAAGACAGGUUCUACUUGGAGCUCUGCGGCCAUCUCCAAAGCAUCGCUGCAGAUGACAAGGUAAUAAUCCUUGGUGAUUUCGAUGCCAGAGUGGGUCAAGAUGUAGAUGCCUGGAAAGGAGUUCAUGGCAGACACGGCAUUGGAAACUGCAAUGACAAUGGGCACUUGCUGUUGGAGCUUUGCACUGAGCAGCAACUAGUCAUCACCAACACCAUCUUCCAGCAAAAGGACAGAUUAAAAACAACCUGGAUGCAUCCUCGGUCCAAACAUUGGCACCUCAUAGACUACAUCCUAGUGUGCCAAAGAGACCUCAAGGAUGUCCUUCGCACCAGAGUGAUGCCCAGUGCAGCUUUGCAAACUCAGGCUGCACUUCAAACCCAAACCAAGGAAGGGAGGGCCCCCAGGAAAAAGUUUGAUCUCAAGAAGCUUCAGUCAGCUGAAGUGAAAGCUGACUUUCAGGCAGGCCUACAGUCCAAGCUUGAGAUCGACGACUGCCCAGAAGACCCCUCACCUGAAACACUCUGGGAUCAACUGAAGACUGCCAUCCUGCAAACAUCCGAAGAAGUUCUGGGGUUUACCACUAAGAGGAACAAAGACUGGUUCGAGGAGAACAACCAAGAGAUCCAGGAACUCCUGACGAAGAAGAGGUCAUCCCAUCAGGCCCACCUGGCUCAGCCGUCAUGUCCUGUGAAGAAAGCUGCCUUCUGUCUCUUUUGCAGCAACCUCCAGCGCAAGCUUCAAGAGAUCCAGAACAAGUGGUGGACUAACCUCGCAGAGAAAACUCAGCUUUGCGCAGACACUGGUGACUACAGAGGUUUCUAUGAAGCCUUAAAGGUCCUCUUCAGCGCUGACCGCGUCGUCCAGGACUCAGCAGUUUUCCGUAUUCCUCAAAAGCCAGUCAUAGUGGAACUGGAUGAACUACCAUCUAUGGAAGAAGUUUCAAAAGCCAUAGAGAAGCUGAAGAGUGGCAAGGCAGCAAGAGUUGAUGGGAUACCACCAGAGAUCUGGAAAGAUGAGGGGCCAACACAACACAGCAAGCUCCAUGAACUCCUUGUCUGUUGUUGGGAGCAGAGCAAGCUUCCAAGAGACCUCCAUGAUGCAGUCAUCAUCACUUUGUACAAGAACAAAGGAGAAAAGUCGGACUGCUCCAACUACCGAGGGAUAAUACUGAUCUAUAUCAUGGGAAAAAUCCUCGCCCGAGUGCUUCUGAACAGAUUGGUACCCACCAUCGCUGAAGACCUCCCAGAAACCCAAUGUGGAUUCAGGACCAACAGGGGCACCACAGACAUGGUGUUCGUCCUCAGGCAGCUCCAAGAGAAAUGCGGGGAGCAGAACAAAGGGCUGUGCGUGACGUUUGUGGAUCUGAUGAAAGCAUUUGACACUGUGAGCAGGAAGGGGCUAUGGAUGAUCAUGGAACGCCUUGGCUGCCCCCCAAAGUUCCUCAGCAUGGUCAUCCAACUGCACGACGAUCAACGCGGCCAAGUCAGGUUGAACAGAGACCUCUCUGAGCCCUUCCCCAUCGUCAAUGGCGUGAAACUUAUGUGUCUUAUAGUCCUUGACCGCACAAGGUUUCUGCAGCUUUACCGAGUACUUAUUCGUAGUAAACUUGACUAUGGAUGUGAGGCUUAUUCAUCGGUAACUCCCACUAUUUUCCGGAUGUUGGACUCGAUUCAUAAUGAAGCUCUUAAAAUCAGUAUAAGGGCUUUCAGGUCUUCACCUGUGGAGUCCCUGUAUGCUGAGAAUGGAGAACUACCUCUUGCAUUACACCAGGACUACAUGUACCUGAGAGACUACAAAUGGUUCUGGUAUCUUCUACAUCCAGAGUGGUUUUCAACCCCAUUGAGGAUAACCAAUCCUAUGGUAGGAGAAUGA